CUCUUCACAUCGAAGAGCUACAUUGCCUCUGGUUUUGGAUUCUACAUAAGCUUCGUCAGUCUCCUUCAGUUCUGACUCUGCACAUACAAACUAAAAAAAGAAAAGAAAAGAAAAAAGAAGAAGGAAGAAGAGGAGAAAUGGAUUUGAAUACAUGAGCUGUUUGUGAAUUUGCCGACUUACUCGAACCAUGUUGGAUUCUGUCAUGUCUGGGGUCUCAUCCAGACCAUUGAUAAAUGGGCAUUUUGGUCCCAUUUUAUCUACACUUCCUAAAGUUCAAGUUUCAAAUUGCAGAUCAUGCGGUAUUGUAGGCAGAUACCGCAUCGGAGUGUCACACAGAAGUCUCUCAAAUCAUCACAUCAAAAGCACUGAUGGAAAAGCUGCAAUUUAUCGGAUGUCUCGCAGGCAGAGUCAUGUGAAUGCCACAUCAGGGCAUCCUUUAGAAUCUGAGCCUGAAGCUUUUAGUUCCAAGGGCUCUUGGAAAACUUCUUUAGAUAUUUUCUACCGGUUCUCGCGGCCCCACACGGUGAUAGGCACUACAAUGAGUAUAAUCUCGGUUUCUUUACUUGCUGUGGAAAGCAUCUCCGAUCUUUCUCCGUUGUUUCUCACUGGGCUUUUGGAGGCUUUGGUGCCUGCGCUUUUCAUGAAUGUUUACAUUGUUGGAUUAAAUCAACUGUUUGACAUCGAAAUAGACAAGGUUAACAAACCAAAUCUUCCACUUGCAUCGGGGGAAUAUUCUGUCAAGACUGGCAUUUUAAUUGUCUUGUCCUUUGCUGUUUUGAGUUUCUUCAUAUGGUGGAUUGUUCGUUCUUGGCCAUUGUUUUGGGCGCUUUUCAUCAGUUUUCUGCUCGGAACUGCAUAUUCAAUCAAUCUACCACUUUUAAGAUGGAAGAGAUUCGCUGUGGUCGCGGCGAUCUGUAUCCUGGUUGUUCGGGCAGUGAUAGUCCAACUUGCAUUUUUUCUACACAUGCAGACUUUUGUUUUCAGAAGACCAGCUGCCUUUUCAAGGCCAUUGAUAUUUGCAACUGCAUUUAUGAGCUUCUUCUCAGUUGUUAUAGCACUAUUUAAGGACAUACCUGACAUCGAUGGAGAUCGGAUAUUUGGAAUUCGGUCCUUCACUGUGCGUCUUGGUCAAAAGCGGGUGUUUUGGACUUGCGUUUAUCUUCUUGAGAUGGCUUACAGUGUAGCUGUGGCAAUGGGAAUAGUUUCUUCCUGCACUUGGAGCAAAUUCAUAACGAUUUCGGGCCAUGCAAUUCUAGCUUCGAUUCUGUGGAGCCGUGCAAAAUCUCUGGAUCUGAAGAGCAAAGCUGCAAUAACAUCCUUUUACAUGUUCAUUUGGAAGGUAAGUAAUGAACGACUUCGAUUUUACAUGUUCAUUUGGAAGCUGUUUUAUGCUGAAUACUUGCUCAUACCACUGGUGAGAUGAAGAUAGAUAAGUUCACUGAAACUGAAGAAAACGGAUGCAAUGCAUCGUCGCUGAUCAUGGAAGGAUUCAACGGCUGGAAAUUGUUGUUGGGAAGUUUGGAAAUUGUAUCUAGAUCAGGCAAUGCAGAUUCUUGCCGUAAAUCUGACUUGUUCAGGGCAUCAGUUUCUUCUAUUAGUCUUAUUUUCUUGAAGUUAGAUUUUGGUAUGCUGUAUUACAAAUGUUGCUUAUUAGUGUCGGAAACAUAUAGCUUUCUUUCCAUUAAAAUAGAAUUGAUACCACACAUGUGGCAGGUAUAUGAUGAUCUGAACCGUUCAUUGAUCUUAAAGCCCCAUUAAUGGAACAUAGACAAAAAAAUCACAAUGAUUGGACAA